UCCCAAGCGAAAGAUCCUAAACUCGAGAGAAGUCAACUAAACAAAAAUGGUUUCCUAUCGCCCGGCAAGGCUGGAGGAUCUAGCCCAAAUCCGCACCAUCAACACACAUUAUAUUCUCAAUACUUCGCUCACAUUCGUGCGAACCCCACCACCCUUUGAGUCAUACAUCGCCAAACUAAACGAUCUUAACACUCGAGGCCUUCCAUAUAUUGUCGCAUUGGAUGAUGAACAGCGUGCAGACGAUGGUCACGCUCUUGUCCUCGGAUACGCGUCCCUUUCUCCAUUCCGCCCACAAAUGGUUUCAUACGCUCCAACUGUUGAGCUCACUCUAUUCAUUCACCCGGAUUAUCAAUCGCGUGCGAUAGGAUCUGCCCUCCUUGCGCAGUUUCUUGGGAGUGUUGAAACUGGCCAAGUCUGGCAUACCUGUGAGGGAAUGGGUGGCCAAAUCGAGUUGAGUGACCAGAACGAUGAAAACGCGUCCGCUAGCGCUACUCAAGUCCGAAACGUGAUUGCUGUGAUGGCUGUGGAUCCUGAGGGCAAGGGUCAGGGUGAAGCUUUGAGGACAUGGUAUUUGAAACGAGGGUUUGAGGAAUGUGGUCGAAUGAGGAAGGUUGGGUUCAAGAGAGGACACUGGAUCGACACUGUUUGGCUACAAUAUUCUAUGCCAGAGUAGAUUGAAAGCAAUUUUCGUGCAAGAGACAUCGAGGUAUCAGUGCCAUAUAUCUAGAGACUCCGCAUGCGAUCUUGCUUCGUCGGCAUCUGUUACCUUUCUUUGGUGGCAUGUAUACUUGACAAGGACGAAUCAUCGUGAUCGUGGCACAAUUUCUACUAAAGCCCUUCAUGUGUUGAGGAUGCCCAUCUAUAUAGUAUAUAUCUGUGGCAUGUGUUAAGUUAAGUCCUUCUAAGGCGCCUGGUCCUAAUCCACGCUUGCAACAUGCGUCUCUUCACAGGCAGUUUGUAUACCCCACCUAUUCAGUUCAAUGAAAACGGCCUACCUCGGCGAUCAAAGGUAUUUCCCGCAUUGAUUGGUUUAUCAGAGCGUCAGAAUGAUCACUUGGAUAAUGGGC